GCGAUGCAUGGCAGCGUGCCGCCGGGCGGUCCUGCCCUUGGCGGCCGCCCUGCUCUGCGCCGUGCUCCUCGUGCUGCGGGCCGGGCUGGAGGAGCUGGCCCCUGCAGGUGGGCUGCCGACCCCCGGGGACGCCGGUGCGCGGGCCGGGCCGGGCGGCCCAGCUGCGGCCGCCGGGCCAGCGCGCUCGACCGCGGCAGCUGCGGCGGUGCGCGGCGCCGAAGCGCCAUCGGCGGUGCAGGCGGGGCUCCGGGGCGGCGGCCCUCCGUGGGAGAAGCCCGCCACUGACGGGUCGUGGCCGGCACCCGCCGAGCUGCCGGCGCGCGCGCCCGCACCCGUGGCGGCGCCAGCGCUCACGCCGGCGCCCAGGCUGGCAGCGAAGCCAAGCAGGCCGCUUCCCAAGGCGUACAAGAGGUCCGGGAAGACCAUGUACCGCUUCAAUUCGACCAACGAGAGUCUCACUGCAGCGGCGAUCGCGGCCGCGCCGACCGUCGUGACGCCAGAGAACAGGCUGCUCGAGGAGGGCGGCGUACGGCUAUACAUCACCACUGUCACGGGCACCAACUUCACCUGGCGCGCUCGGCUUCUGCAGCGCGCGAUAUUGCCAAGCUUGGGUCCUCGGGACGUCUUCUCGCACACGUGCGAGGAGUCUUGCGUCUACUCCGACCAUGGGCUCGUUGGCAACAUGGUGGUGAUUCCAGAGGCUCCCGAUGGGAUCCUCAACAUGAAGGUCGGGGUGAUCAAGUGCGCCCAUGCGCGCGGCUACUGUGGGCCGAGCCACGUGGCUCAAGCGAAGUUCCCGUUCGGCAUUAUCCACGAAGUGCGGCGCAUGAAAGCGUCUGGCAACCCCAUGCCUCUAUGGUGGAUGGUCCGCGACGAUGACACCUACGUGCACGUGGAGCAUCUGAUGGGCGCGAUCGAGGCUUUCGGAGCGAGUCGCAAGUUGCCCCAACCGCUGCACGAGCAAUUGAUCUGCUUCACCCCUCCGUGUGGGCUGGGCACCUGCGGUGGGGGUGGCUGGGUCCUGAGCGCCGCGUUCGCGGAAAUGCUGGUCGGGCAGAUUGGUGACAAGUGGAUGCAGUUCCAGGUGAACCGGAUCAGGCACGGGAUGCCGCACUACGACCUCCACGUGAAGAAGGUCUUGACAUGGCUGGACCAGUGGCUCCUGGUCCAGCUGCCAGAGAUGAGCGCGUUCGCCCCGAACUCCGAGCUCUGCGCCUGGAAGCCGGGCGGCCGCGACGGCAGGCAGUGCGUCAACACCUCCGUCUGCGCCUGCGCGUCCUCCCGGCUGCCGGCGUCCUGGCACCUGAACCUGCUCCGGGCCGACAUCGAGGAGAUGCUGGACCUGCUCCAGAGGAACGGGCUGUAG